AACUACAGCUACAAUACCUACACAAAACGAAAACAAAAUCAAGAUGUACCUAACGAGCAAAUGGAUUUUCUGCUGUUGCUGGCUUCUCUUUGUGCAACUCACAAUUACAAUUGUAAUCGCCUGUAGAGUUUCGGAAUAUCCGUGCAAAGGAAGCACAAGUAUUUGUAUACCAUUGGAUAAAUAUUGUGAUGGCAAGGCGGACUGCGAAGAUGGCAGUGAUGAGCCCAGACAUUGCACGGUUUGCAACCGCACCUAUUAUGGUGACAUUGGUCGUACGUACUCCAUUAAAGUACCAACACCCCAAUGGAAUAAACUGCCAUUUUUAUGUCACUUAACAUUCACAGCAUCUGGGCAUGAUCAAGGUGACAUUGUACAGAUAAUAUUUGAUAGUUUUACUGUGGGUCGCUUUGAUGAGGGUAUGGUUGAUACCGAUGUUGAUGGGUAUGAGACAAGUUUAAGUCCCACUGGCGAAUUGCCUGGUUGUCCAGAAGGCUUUAUGCAGCUCAGCGAAUUGGGACGACCAUUCACUGGUGGAUCAUGGUGUGGGAAAGCCACAGGACCACAGUUAUAUUUCAGUGAAACAUCAACGGUGACAGCAUCGGUUAAGGUUUUCCAUCCACCCAGAAAUAUCCAAGAAGAAAAACCAUUUGAAUUUAGUAUAAGAUAUAAAUUUAUAAGUCAGUCGGAUGCUGUUGUCAGAUACGGUUUACCCGAUAAGCCUUUAGAAUUGGGUCGAGUCACGCCCGGUACAUAUUGUACGCGACAAUUCGAUGAAUGCUAUCGCAAUAAGUGUCGUCUACAAAGUCCCAAUUAUCCUGGUAUGUAUCCAAGAAAUGUCACGUGCUACUGGACGAUACGGCAAAAAGAAGUUCCUACAAGUAAACAUGCCAUGAUAGCUGUAAGCCAAGAGAAUCAACAUAAAGCUUUAGUUAAGAGGUCAAUUGCUAGUUUCAAUAAAACCUCGCGCUCAAUACGUGCCUGGUCCGAUUGUACCGGUGAACGUGAUCAUUUAAUUUUUUACGAUGGCAGCUCAACUAAUGAUCCAGUGCUGGCGAAAUACUGUGGUGGUGAUUGGUUACCAAAAGUUGUGUCACGAGGUCCUGAAAUGCUGGUGGCCUUCCAUUCCAGCCCCUUCUCUGCACCCCUGCAACAAGGCAUACCCAACAGAGGCUUUGAACUAGACGUUGACAUACUUUUCACCGACUCUGAUUCAUAUGAUUUUGCUCAGGGCUCCAAAAAUCUUUGUGAAUUCCAUAUAAAUGCCACAAAUCCCGAUGAUGUUUUAUUUUCACGUCGCGGAAGGAUGGGACGCAUUGUUAGUCCGCGUCAUACACUUCCACCCAAUACAACAUGCACAUACCAUUUUCAUGGUUAUCCUGGCGACCUAAUUUGGUUAUCAUUCACCAGUUACAAUCUACAGAUACUGCAGCAAGCCAUACACGAUAACAAUACAUUGGGAAGGGCUGAUUUACCACCCUGGAUAACACGUCUGCGUAUGUGGGACAGUUAUGGCACAUAUGUGCCAAUAAAACAAACAAGUGUUACAACAGGUCAACCGCCACCACCACCGCCCGUUGCCUCCUCCGCUGAUGGUGGCAAGCCGACCAUAUUGGAUCCCAGCACUCAUGGCAGCAACUACUACUACAGUCCCCAGAAUCCCAAAAUGGGCAAGAAUUUACGUGUUAACAUUGAUAAUGCCUGGAAUCCAGUUGAUACGUAUAUUUAUGGUCCCACACAGUCGAGUAUAUUUAAUCAGGAAAAUAAAUACAGUGGUUACCAGCAAUCUGGUGGUGGUGGUGGUGGGGUUGGCUCUGGCUCCUCAUCAUCAUCAUCCAAGCAUGGUGGUGGCAGUGGUUUGAGCUCUGUUAAGGAAAGUUUAAAUUAUAUAUCGAGCAAGACAGCCAAGGAUGGCCAGCAGCAGCAGGGUGGCGGCGGCAGUGGUGGUAGUGGCGAAAAAACAGCAUUGGCCUUGAUGAGCACUAAGGGAAAGCGACGUUUAAUGUUGGAAAUUUAUGAUUAUGAGACACCUAAAUUGUGCGAUCAUACAGCAAUUAGCAGCACUGGCAACACAUUGGGCCUUAAUCGACUGCGUCCAUGCAGUCCGUUGGAAAGUUAUGUCAGUACAGGCAGAGAUUUGAAACUGGAAUUUCAUACUCACACCGGCACUGCCCUCUUUCCCGCCCAGUUUGCUCUCAAUUACGAAUUCGUUGAUACCGAACAGGGUGGUGAACCAUGGCCGGGACGCCGAGGCGAAGAACCCGUACCCCAGCUAUGCUCAAGAGUAUUUCGCAAGCGUAAAGGCAAUAUACAAGUGCCACGUAAUGUAUUUCUCUAUGGUCGAGGAGGAGCCAAAAAUCUUACCUGCCUGUAUCGCUUUGAAGCGGGUCCCUCGGAACGGGUAAGACUAGUGCUGCAUAAUGUUUCCUUUGGUGAUGGCACAACCUGUACCACCGAUAAUGAUUUACAUACGGGCAGACCGAAAUGUAAUCAAUUGGAUCCGGAUGGUAGAAUAACAGAAUUGAAGCUGUUUGAUGUACCCUUUCGAGAUGUUAAAAUACAAAUGGGUUGUUUUUGUGACAACUCCAGUGCUUUGUAUAGCAAUGCUCCCUUGACUUUUGUCUCCAAUUCAAGAAUAAUGGAAUUGACUUUUACCGUUACCCGACUAAAUAUAUCCGAAGAUUUUGCCGAUGUUAAUUUCUUUGCUUCGUAUGAGUUCAAGCGUGUUUCAGAGUGUCGUAAGCGUUUGAAACUGAAAGGAGCUGGCGGUGAGGAUGAGAUUAAAUAUCCCAUGAAGUCACAGGAUUCUAGUUGUGAGGGUUUAUCUUGGUAUAUAGAGGCUCAAACAUUGGAAAAAUCUUUGUUUGUUCAAACUUGGGGCUCAUAUUUACCAGUGGAUCCCACAUCGGAAGAUGCCAUGAGAUGUCAUACGAAAAAUCGUUUAAUGAUUUAUUCGGGCAGACCUUUGAAGCCCAUGAGAGUGGUGUGUCCGGCUCAGAGUGGUCCCAGGCCUACAUCGCUGCAUAUAUUCUCGGAGGAUUGGACUAAUGGCCAGCCCUUGUUUAGUAAUAAGAUUUUAAUAGAGCUGGGUUUUUGUUAUCAAUCCUCGUCAACCUCCGAAAUUGUCAUGAUCUCAGCCUGGAAAACAAUAUUAUGUUCUGGCAGACGAAAAUAUUUACCUAGGUUAGGUUUGGUUGCAUGGGCAGCCAUUCGUCAAGCAGCUCAAUUGGUUCCAUUUAAAACUGAUCCCAUUGUGAUACCAGAAAGACCGGUCAGCUUAGUUUUGGAGCCCAUACUUAAGGAACCCGGUGACAUUGCCUUUACCUGGCUGGAAAUACACCGCACUAAAAACGCUCUACUGCAACAAUUUGAUUUACAAACUAAUGCCAGUACGACGGGAACUGGUGGCUCAGGAUCGGCUGCUGGUGGUACUGGCGGCAGCGGCAUUAUAACAACAACUGGUACUAGUGGCAACGAUACGCUAAGUGAUUUUGGAUUCUAUCCAAAAGAGUCAGAUUGUGAAUAUAAAUGUCCUGAAAUUGAUGCCUGCAUAGCAGCCAUAUUGUGGUGUGACGGCCACCACAACUGUCCCUCUGGCUUCGAUGAAUCGGAAGAAGAAUGCGGCACUGCCCGCAAACUACUCGAACUGCCUGGCGGUGUGUUUGCUGCCCUUGGCUGCAUAGCGGCCGCCAUUACUGCCUGCCUGAUAUUCUGCAUAUUUGGUCUGCUCAGAAAACGCAAGAAAACUGUAUUGCAAAAAUCCAUUAUCAAUGGGGGUGGCACACUGAAAAAAGAUUUCAAAAAAGAGUCCCUGUACAUCGAUCCGUCUUCCUGA